AUGGCGGGAUUUGGAUUCAGCGUAGGGGACUUCAUUACUGUGCUUCAACUUGCACAUAAAGUCCGGCAUCGCUUUGUAGAUGCGCCAGGGCAGUUUGCAGCCAUCUCUGAUGAUGUCAGAAGCCUAUCUGCCGUUCUCCAGGAGGUCGAUCUUAUUCUCCCAAAGCACAAGCUCACCGAUCAGCAAGUGAGAGACUUUGAAAGCAUUUCAAAAGGGUGCUACAACGUGCUGAGCGAGCUUGAUACUUGGCUAAGCGAUAAUGAUGUAGGCGCCAGAUCGCACAAAUUGAGGGAGAAGGCAAGCAACACUCUAAAGCGAUUAAGAUGGGACUCCGGUGAAAUGAGAGACUUCCGCAACCGCAUUACCUCGAACAUAAGCUUACUGAACAUCCUUUACAGCAAACUUUCCGGGGCUCGUAUUGUCGCAAUAGAAGAAAACGUCGGUCAUCUAAUUCAUUACCAAGAGGAGGAGGACCGCAAAAGUAUUCUGAAUUGGCUCGAUCCUGUUGACUUCUACAGCCAGCAAGUUGAUUUUCGUCGGCGUUGCCAGGAAGGGACCGGAUUAUGGUUCCUGAACUCAAGCGAAUUUUGCCAAUGGCUAAAUACACCCGGAAAGACGAUGUUUUGCUUCGGGAUGCCAGGUUCCGGCAAAACAAUCUUAACUUCUCUGGUCAUCGAUACAUUGAAUUGCCAAUUCGACUCCGACCCGGAUGUAGCUGUUGCCUACAUUUUCUGCAACCAUCAGCGUCAAGAUGAUCAGAAACCCGUGAAUAUUCUGGCAAAUAUUCUGAAACAGUUAUGCGAGAGAAAGUCCACAGUAUCCAAAGAUGUGGAAAAGCUCUAUGAGAAGUAUCGGAAUUAUAAGAGUACACUGCAGACAGAGCAGAUCAUAGAGGCUUUUGAAUCCACUGCCAUAUUGUACUCCAAAAUCUUCAUCAUUGUCGACGCAUUAGAUGAGCAGACAACUUCGGAAGAAGAUCGAUGUGCUACGAUAUCUGCAAUAUUCCAACUCCAGUCAAAGUUUGCGGUGAACUUCUUUGCAACAUCGCGUACAAUUCCGGAAAUCGAGGUACAAUUUGAGACUUGCAUACGAAAGGAGAUCCGCGCAACGGACGAUGAUAUCCUGAAAUACGUGGAGAGCCACGGACGUUCGCUCCUGCGAUCCAAAAUUUCAAAAUACCCCGACCUUCAAUCUCUAAUUAAAAGAGAAAUUCCUGCUGCUGCAGAUGGGAUGUUUCUUCUUGCUCAACUGAACAUGGACCUGCUCAUGACCAAGGCCACAGCGGGGAGCCUCCGCCAAGCUGUGCAAACCUUGCCCAAGGGUGCGAAAGGAUUGGAUAAGACCUACGACCUCGUAAUGGAGAGAAUCCGAGCCCAAGGAGAAGAUUUUCAAAUGCUAGCGCAAAGAGCCCUAGCUUGGGUGCUCUAUAGUCGCACGCCCCUCAUGACCGCCGAAAUCCAACAUGCCGUUGCAAUCAGUCCCGAGAUGUCCGACUUGGAUGAAGAGUUCAUACCGGAGGUAGAAGACCUGAUAUCUUUCUGUCAUGGGCUGCUCACCGUUGACAGGGAUAGAGACGUGGUCCGGUUAAUUCACUAUACAGCUCAGGAAUAUUUGGAGAGUGCUCUUCCGCAAAUUUUGCCAGACCCAAAGACCUACCUCGCGACGUCAUGUCUUACGUACCUACUGUUCGACGUGUUCGGGGACCCGUCUCCAUCGGCUGAUGAUAUACCGGAAAGGAAGAAACAAAACGUCUUGUUGGAUCGUGCGGCCAACGAUUGGGGCUGUUUUGCUCGAGACAUUGAGAACGAAAUGCAUGACUUGGUUUGGUCUCUGCUGGACCAUGAAGCCAAGCAUGCCAAUUUCCUUCAGGCCUUGCGGUAUGAAGAACUGCCCGGCCGUCGUUGGAUUCAGUCGCCUUCGCGAGAACUAUCUGCUUUUUAUUAUCUUGCCAGGUGGGGACUGGCCAAGACUUUAAAAGCCUUUCUGGAACGUAGCGAGAAUCCAAAAGGUCAAGACGCAAACGUCAAUUUCUCACUAUGUGCUGCUGUUGAAUGGAAUCAUAUUGCAGUUGUAAAAUUGCUUCUCCAAGAAAAGCACGCUGAUGCUAAUUAUUUGGAUUCGGAUGAUCAUGAUAUCCUGCCGCCUCUCCACCAAGCAAUCUUGGCUAAAUCCCACGUCAUUCAGGAGUUUCUUCUUCAGCAACCCGAUAUUGAUGUCAAUUUGAAAUGUGAUAUUGAAACUCCGCUGACCGUUGCAUGGUCGGCGAAUGACGUGACUGCGAUCGACCUGCUUUUGCAGCGACGUGAUCUGGAUAUUAACGCUACUCUUGACGUGUACGGGCGCACUGCCCUGCACUAUGCAGUUGUGGAAGGAAAACCAGAUAUACUGAGCCUUUUGCUGAGACAUCCGGAAAUCGAUGUCAACGUCAAGGAUACCGCAAGGUUCACACCACUGGGCCGUGCAGCUAAUUCUGGAAAUGCAGGGUUGGCGCAGCUUCUUUUAGCCCAUAAGGACGUUGAUGUCAAUCAAGAGGCGUUCUUGACAUCGCCACUAACCAUGGCAGCUUUGGGAGGUUUCGAAGACGUGGUAAAGGUUUUGCUGACGCAUGGUGAUAUUGUUGUUAACGGCGCGCCUGCGUCAUAUUACUCGGCAUUACCUGUGGCAGCGGACGGGGGACAUGUGGGAAUUGUAAAGCGUCUGCUGAGUCACAAAGAUAAGGAUAUGAGCAUGAUGAAUGAGAAUGGCUGUAGGGCACUAUUCAGAGCAGUUGAUAGAGGCCAUGAAGAGAUAGUGAAGAUUUUGCUCGACCACAAAGAACUUGAUGUGAACACGAAGAAUGAGGAUGCUUGCAGAGCACUAUUCAGGGCAAUCAGCAGAGGGUAUGAAGGGAUAGUGAGUCUGCUUCUAAAACAUGAAGGAAUGGACGUGUUCAUCAAGAAUAGGAAUGGUUGUACGCCACUGUUCAUGGCCGUUGAUAAUGGAGAUGAGGAGAUAGUGAGGCUUUUGCUUGAACAUGAGGGUGUCGAUGUAAACGCUGCAAACGCAAAGGGUCGUACAGCACUAUCUGUGGCGGUUGAUAAUGAGUUUGGAUUGAUAGAGCAGAUGCUCCUCCAGAAAGGGGCAACUUAG